AUGUCUCCUCCGUCGGCAAUUGAGCCCCAGGCAGGCGACGAGACCAAGCCCAACACGGUUGCCCCGAACGAGCCUGGUCUGAACCAGAAAGAUGGAAAGGCGGAGAUGCUUAAAUUCCCCAAGCCGCCAAAGUUUGACGAUCCGUACAAAGAGCGCGCAUAUCUGAAGGGCCGACUUGCGGCUGCCUUCCGCAUCUUUGGCAAAUAUGGCUUUGACGAAGGUGUGGCUGGUCACAUCACGUUGAGGGACCCUGUAGAUCCGACAACAUUUUGGGUCAACCCAUUCGGUGUUGCUUUCAGCUUGAUCAAGUCUUCCGAUCUCAUCCUUGUCAAUGAUAAAGGCGAAGUCAUCGACGGUGGAGAGUGCCGACUGCUGAACACAGCAGCCUAUAUGAUACACCAUGCUGUCCAUGACGCGCGCCCCGAUGUCAUCGCUGCAGCACACUCGCACUCCAUCUACGGCCGCACGUUCUGCGCACUGGGUCGCAAAUUGGACACCAUCACCCAAGACUCGUGCGCGUUCCACAACGACCACGUUAUUUACGAGUCGUUUAACGGCGUCGUACUAGCCGCGGAGGAGGGCAAGAACAUUGCAAAGUGCCUGGGCGACAAGAAGGCGGCGUUACUUCAGAACCACGGCCUGUUGACCGUGGGCAAGAGUGUGGAGGAGGCGGUGUUCUGGUUCAUAAGCAUGGAGAAGUGCUGUCAAGCACAGCUGAUGGCGGACGCGGCGGCGGCGGGACGAGGCGGAGAGACUGUGAAGAUUACGGAGGAGGACGCGGUCUACACACACAAGACGAUUGGGAGUACGCUGGCCGGGUGGUUCAGUGCGAAGCCGUUGUUCGACGUGAUACACAAGGAGACAAACGGAGAUUAUCUCGAGUAG